GAAGCAUUGCUUCAGGGUAUCGAACGCACGUUGCUCGGUGUCUGUCCACCUCCAUGGUGCGUCUUUCCGUGUGAGGUCAUGAAGGGGGCGAGCGAGGUCAGAAUAGUGGAAUAUGAAAUGACGGUAGAAGUUGCCGAAUCCCAAAAAGGACCGGACUCCCUUCACGGUGGUCGGGGCUGGCCAGUGAGUGAUGCCUUCGAGCUUAGUAGGGUCCAUAGCGACGACGUUGGGUCGGAUGAUGAGGCCCAGAAAUUCGACCUCCGAAACGUCAAAGACGCACUUCUCAGGUUUCAAGAAGAGGUCGUUCUCCUUAAGACGUUGGAGGACCCGCCGAGUACGUUCCGCGUGAGUGGCUGCAUCCUUGGAGAAGAUCAGAAUGUCGUCCAUAUAGAUGACAAUCCAUCCUUCGUCAAUCAUGUCCUUGAACAGAUCAUCCAUCAUGGCCUGAAAGGUGGCGGGCGAGUUACAAAGCCCAAAGAACAUCACUGUCGGUUCGAAGAGUCCCUUCUUGCACUUGAAGGCUGCCUUCCAUUGGUCUCCGUCCCGGAUCCUAACGUUGUUGUAGCCAGAGCGCAAGUCCAUCUUAGAGAAAAU